AUGGCAGAUUUAGUGCUGAAAUUGCUAGUGGAGAACUUGUGGGAGGUAGCUAAUGAAAAAGUGAAGCUGAUUGGAAGUGCAAAGGAUGAGUUUGUAAAACUACUGGGAGAAGUUGAAAACCUAAAAGCAUUCCUAGAAGAUACCCAUCGACAAGAAAGCAACAGCAGUUUGUGGAAACAUUGUGUCAAGAAUAUCAGAAUACAAGCGCAUAAAGCUGAGGACGUCAUUGAUAAAUUUGUACUUGAGUCAAAAGUGCGUCAAGGGAAAAAUAUAUUAAAAAUUAUUUUUGAUUUUGGCCAUUUCAAAAGAAUUAACAAUCUUGCAAAAGGCUUCAGAGAUAUCCGUGAGAGGGUGAAGGAUAUUCGCCAAAAUAAUCCACAGUUUCUCCAGCCCAUAUCAAUGCUAAAUCUACGAAAUAGACUUCCACGGGACCCUCAGGAUACAUUCUUGGAGGUUAAACAAACUGUUGGGUUCAAUGAAGAAGCAAAUGAAGUGAUCGAGCGGCUUGUUGGAGGAACAGAGGAGAUAGAACUCAUACCUAUUGUGGGUAUGACUGGACUUGGCAAAACCACACUGGCAAGAAAAGUAUGGAGUGAUUCUCAGAUUACAGCUGAAUUUUCCAACAACAUUUGGGUUUCUGCCGGACAGUCCAACGAACUAGAGAAUAUCUUUUUUGUGAUUCUCAAAUCAUCUACGGAAUCCAAUCAAGAAUUUCGCUGUAAUGGUCUGAAUGAAUUAAGUAAAUUAAUAACUAGUUUUGUGACUGAACAACACAGGUGUCUCAUUGUGUUGGAUGAUGUGUGGGAGACUGAACUUGUGGAUCGUUCUAUAAAUUUUCUCCCAGUAAACAAGAAAGGCCAUAGGAUCUUGAUAACCACUCGCCGCAGAGAUGUGGCAGCUAGUGCAAGUGAAAAACCUUAUCAUCUCAAGUUUCUCAGAGGAGAAAACAGUUUUCAGUUGCUGGAAAAGGGAGUUUUCGACAAUGGAGAGUGUCAAAAUAAUCAGUUAGUAGAGCUUGGAAAGAGUAUUGCAAGUAAAUGUUGUGGAUUACCACUUGCAUUAGUGGUAAUUGCUAAAGCUUUAAAAGUUGAUAAGACCGUAUAUGAUUGGGAAAGGAUCGAGAAGAAUUUUUGGCAGUACGUUGGGGAAGCUUUAAAAAAUGUGGAAGCUAGUUAUGAAAGUUUGUCCUCUGAAAAGAAGGCGUGCUUCUUGUAUUGCCUAGCCUUUCCAAAAGGCCAUGAUAUCCCUUUUCAGAUGUUGAUUCGCUUGUGGACGGCGGAGGGGCUAAUAGAGUCAAAUCCAAUAAAUGACAAAGCAGAGAAAUAUUUGAUGGAGUUUGAGAAUUUGAACCUUGUGAUUGUGUCGAGAGAGAUUACUGGUUUGAUAAAAAGGAUCAAAUGUAAUGACAUACUCUAUGAGUUCUGCAAGAUGAAGGUGACUAAAGAAAGUGUUUUUCAAGAACUACGUCUCACACCUGAUUUUCCAUCGAUAAAUGAUCCUGUUACUUCUCGUCGAUUGCAUAUUGAAUCAUGUGACCUGUCAGAUUUUAUCUCCAGAAUUUCCAGUGCAGAACAUGUUAGAUCUUUCUUAUGUUUUUCCUCGGAAGAUGUUGACCAACAAACCAAGUUAUCUUCUGAUGUUGACAUUCGACUCAUCCCGAAAGCAUUUCCACUUCUCAGGGUUUUGAUAAUUGAAUCAAUCAACAUUCCUUCCUUGAAGAAACUUAACCGACUAUUUCAUCUGAGGUACAUAUCUAUCUCAGGUAAUUUCAAGGAACUUCCUGCAUUCUUUAAUAAGUUUUGGAGUUUACAAUCUAUUAUAAUUCAUACAACCCAGCCCACUCUCAACAUAAAAGCAAAUAUAUGGAACAUGUCAAAGUUGACGCAUUUGAAGAUCAAUAAACCUUCUAAAUUGCCUCUCCCUUCAACCCAGAAGGGAAAAUGUUCCUCCUCUCUUCAAACUCUUUCUAAGAUUUCACCUGAAACUUGCAACAAAGAUGUGCUCGGAGAGGCUUCAAACAGCCUCAAAAAAUUGAGUAUUCAAGGGAACAUAGAAGAUUCUCUUAAAACUAACAGCGACCGAUUCAGCACUUUUGAAGGGUUUCAAACUUUUCAAAUGUUUAAGUGCCUAGAAAAUUUGAAACUGAUAAGUGAUGUUCCUUGCCAUAGUAAUGUUUUUCAGUUUCCGAAAGCAUUAUUCAGCUGUCUAUUCAAGCUUAAGAAGUUAACUUUGUCAAAGACAAUGUUUGUUUGGGAAGAGGCGACUAAACUGGGGCGAUUGCCAUGCCUGGAGAUCCUAAAGUUGGAAAAGCAGGCAUUCACAGGGAGUAUAUGGAAGCCGGAGGAAGAUGAUUUUAAGACACUGCAGAUCUUGUUGAUUCAUAACGAUGAGCUCCAGAUUUGGAAGGCUUCAAGAUAUCACUUCGACAAACUUAGGGUACUUGUUCUUAAGUGUCCUAAUCUUGAGCGUGUGCCAGCUGAACUAUCUCAGUUUCAGCAGCAGAGUAUAAUUAGUGGCCCUGAAAACAUGCUCUGA